GAGCCGCACGAUGGGGUCACGCGUGUCCGUGGACGAUUCCGUACGGGUGGUGGUGGUCGGGGGCGGCUUCGGAGGCACGGAGGCCGCCAGCCUGCUGAAGUCCCGGGCCAUUCCCUUCGUGCUGGUGGACGUGAGAGACGCUUUCCAUCACAACGUCGCUGCCCUCCGCGCCGCCGUGGAGAGCGGAUUUGCCAAGAAGACUUUCAUCUCCUACUCUGUCACCUUUGGGGACAGCUUCCGACAAGGCAAGGUGGUUGGCAUAGACCCUGGGAGGCAACAAGUCUUGCUCAGUGAUGGCCAGGAGCUUCACUACUCCCAUCUCAUUCUUGCAACCGGCAGCGAUGGGCCAUUCCCUGGGAAGUUCAACAGAGUCAUUGACAUGGAAAGUGCUAUCCAGACCUAUGAAGACAUGGUUAAAGAGAUGAGGAAAUGUGAGCGCAUCCUGGUAGUGGGAGGUGGUGCUGCUGGAGUCGAGAUGGCUGCAGAGAUCAAAACAGAGUACCCGACCAAAGAGGUCACUCUCAUUCACUCCAAAAUUGCACUAGCUGAUGCGGAGCUGCUAGAUAGCGUCCGUCAAGAGGUGAAAGAGAUUCUCCUCAGAAAAGGAGUGCGCCUCUUAUUAACUAGAUCUGGGCUAGCUGGAAACAGCAGCCUAGUGAAGGUUUGUGACCCAGCGCGCUCUGUUGCAACAGGUGAAAGGGUCAGCAAUGUGGAAAACCUCACGCCAAACCAGUUCCAGAAGGACAUGGUAGUAAGGACAGAAAAGGGCACUGAGGUGGUUACUGACAUGGUGGUCCUGUGCACAGGGAUAAAGAUUAACUCUUCAGCAUACGCUGCUGCAUUCGGGGACAAAAUGGCAAGUAACAGUGCUUUGAAAGUGAACAGGCACCUCCAGCUGGAAGGCUAUGAGAACAUCUACGCCAUUGGGGACUGCGCAGACCUGAAAGAACCAAAGAUGGCCUACCACGCUGGGCUCCAUGCCAACGUUGUGGUGACAAAUAUCAUCAACAGCCUGACACAUAAGCCUCUUAAAACCUACGAACCAGGGUCACUAACAUUCCUGCUUUCAAUGGGCAGGAACGAUGGCGUAGGCCAGGUGAACGGUUACUAUGUGGGACGUCUCUUGGUGACCAUUGCUAAGAGCCGGGACCUGUUUGUCUCCAAGAGCUGGAAGACGAUGGGACAGACAAUGCCCUCUUAAGAGGGGAUCAGUAACAAAUGAGCAAGGAAUACAACAACUGGAAGAGGGUGAGGGUGCACUUUUAUUGCUUGGACAGACUGAUACCAUCUCCUGCAGCACCUCCUCAAGCCACAUGUCAGCAUGCUGCAUUAAAGGAGUUCCCUGCCUUGCUGUAAAGGGGAAGGAAGCACUUUCCAAAUGAAGCACACAGAAGUUCUCAUGAUAAAAACCAGGGAAGGAAUGUUUCUUUUACUUCCCUGUUGAGAUAGCUCUGAGCAAGAAACUUGGUUUACCUUGAUUUGUAACAAUAAACACUGUGGGUUUCAAAAUCUC